AUGAACCUUUGGGAAUUAUGGUUAAAAAUCAAGUUGUUUCUGAAGAAUCUUAAUCUAUUUCCGUCUGUACCACCAUCAACUGAUGAACAUGAUCUACAAAAUCAGCGCAUCUCUACACGACUGUUUAUUUUGCUUCUUGUCAUAUCAUUAACCAUUCUACUUCUCUACAACUCAUUAGUCACCAUUACACAAACUGUCUACAUCAACUCACCAUCCCUUCACGAAUAUUCCUCCUAUUAUUCAUCUUAUCCACAAACACUUACUUGUGCAUGCACACAAAUAUCAAUCAGCUAUGAGACUUUCAUUGAAAUGAAAUAUUCAUUCCAUCAGGUAUGUAGCAGCUUUCUCGUCACUCGACAGUGGAUCGACUAUCUUGCUACUUUUCGCACAAAUACCACAACACACUUGGAUGACUUUCGACUACUUAGCACAUCAAUGUUUCAAGCACUGAGUUCGUUCUGUUACUUAGUCACUGCGACAGUUCGGAAUAGAUUAUCUCAAUUCUAUACCACUCGAUAUGUAAGUGGAACUGUUACACCAAUAAAAGUGUUGCAUUCUCAAGGUAAAGCAUUUACUUCACAAUUCAUCUUAUCGACGGUCAACGAUUUUCGGUUGUCACUUACCACAAUCAGAAAUACGACCAAAAGUAAUGCUUUACUUUCUGGGCAAUUUACUAAUUAUUAUUUGCUGGGCACCGAACGAUCAUACUCCGGCACAGCUUCCAUUGUCUCCAAAUAUAAUGAUUGUGAUUGUGGAUCUUCAUCCCUGUGUGCUUACCAAUCCCGAAUAUAUAUUAACUCGUCUGAUCUUGUAUCACUCUAUGUAUCGGGUAUGUAUACGGGAUGUUUUGUAGUGGAAGCAUUACUUCAAUCAGAUCUUCAAUGUUUUUAUAACGGAACUUGUAUUGACGACGUAAAAUCCUAUUUUAUGUCUCAUUUAUCAGCAGAUUCCGAGCCUCUGCAUCUAUCAUUAUUAGUUCGGUUUAGUGUAAACUCGACGAUCGAACAGCUCCUUGAUCAACUAAUGGUUGAACAAUGGAAUGACUCGAUACAGUACGAGAAUUAUUACAGUGCAUGUAAUCCAUCAAUCUGUACCUAUACUUUUGAAACGAAGAACGGUGCAGUUUACAUAGUUACAACAAUCAUCGGACUAUUAGGUGGUUUGAUUACGGUGUUGAAACUGAUUAUACCUCCAGUAGUGAUGCUCCUACGAAGGAAAAAGCAAGCAACAACAUUGAAUACGAGAUUUGAUAUACAGCAAAUACAUGUCUUUAUGUGCACAGUAAAAAAGUAUCUUUGUACAUACAACUUGUUCCCGUCUGUACCACCAUCAACUGAUGAACAUGAUCUACAAAAUCAGCGCAUCUCUACACGACUAUUUAUUUUCCUUCUUGUCAUAUCAUUAACCAUUCUACUUCUCUACAACUCAUUAGUCACCAUUACACAAACUGUCUACAUCAACUCACCAUCCCUUCACGAAUAUUCCUCCUAUUAUUCAUCUUAUCCACAAACACUUACUUGUGCAUGCACACAAAUAUCAAUCAGCUAUGAGACUUUCAUUGAAAUGAAAUAUUCAUUCCAUCAGGUAUGUAGCAGCUUUCUCGUCACUCGACAGUGGAUCGACUAUCUUGCUACUUUUCGCACAAAUACCACAACACACUUGGAUGACUUUCGACUACUUAGCACAUCAAUGUUUCAAGCACUGAGUUCGUUCUGUUACUUAGUCACUGCGACAGUUCGGAAUAGAUUAUCUCAAUUCUAUACCACUCGAUAUGUAAGUGGAACUGUUACACCAAUAAAAGUGUUGCAUUCUCAAGGUAAAGCAUUUACUUCACAAUUCAUCUUAUCGACGGUCAACGAUUUUCGGUUGUCACUUACCACAAUCAGAAAUACGACCAAAAGUAAUGCUUUACUUUCUGGGCAAUUUACUAAUUAUUAUUUGCUGGGCACCGAACGAUCAUACUCCGGCACAGCUUCCAUUGUCUCCAAAUAUAAUGAUUGUGAUUGUGGAUCUUCAUCCCUGUGUGCUUACCAAUCCCGAAUAUAUAUUAACUCGUCUGAUCUUGUAUCACUCUAUGUAUCGGGUAUGUAUACGGGAUGUUUUGUAGUGGAAGCAUUACUUCAAUCAGAUCUUCAAUGUUUUUAUAACGGAACUUGUAUUGACGACGUAAAAUCCUAUUUUAUGUCUCAUUUAUCAGCAGAUUCCGAGCCUCUGCAUCUAUCAUUAUUAGUUCGGUUUAGUGUAAACUCGACGAUCGAACAGCUCCUUGAUCAACUAAUGGUUGAACAAUGGAAUGACUCGAUACAGUACGAGAAUUAUUACAGUGCAUGUAAUCCAUCAAUCUGUACCUAUACUUUUGAAACGAAGAACGGUGCAGUUUACAUAGUUACAACAAUCAUCGGACUAUUAGGUGGUUUGAUUACAGUAUUGAGACUGAUUGUACCACGAGCAGUGAAGCUUGUAUGUAGUAGCUUUUUCGUCAGCGAAGAAUGGCUCAAAAACUACAUUGGCUUCAAUUAUUUUGUUGUUGGUGAGUUCAUAUUCGACGACUUUCGAUUAAUCGGCACAUGGCUAUUUCAAGUGUUGUCAUCAUUUUGCCAGUUAAUCAACAUGACGAUAAGCAAUCGGCUGGCCCAGUUUUACACUACUCAAUAUGUUAGUGGAACUGUUACGCCAGUGAAAGUGUUGUAUUCUCAAAGCAAAUUGUUUACCUCACAAUUUAUCUCAUCAACAACUAAUGAAUUCAUCCUAUCACUUUCAACAAUAAGAAAUACGACACAAAGUAACGCUUUAAUCUCCGGUCAACUGACUAAUUAUCAACUGUUGACAAAAACUGGAACUACUCCAUUACAGUCACUGCCACGAUCCUAUGGUGACUGUAGCUGCGUUGCAUCAAGUCAUUGUGGUUAUGAAUCUGGAAUUCAUUCCGGCUUAACUAAUACAAUAUCGUUCUAUGUGCCCGGUAUUUAUACAGCAUGUUAUCCGAUCGAGGCACUACUUCAAUCUGAUCUUCGAUGUUUUUAUGACUACGAUUGUAUCAAUUCCAUAUUAUCAACUAUAGUUUAUAUCAGAACACGGUCUAGGAAUUUGACAGCUCUGCGUCCAUCGUUAUUAGUUCGGUUUAGUGUAAACUCGACGAUCGAACAGCUCCUUGAUCAACUAAUGGUUGAACAAUGGAAUGACUCGAUACAGUACGAGAAUUAUUACAGUGCAUGUAAUCCAUCAAUCUGUACCUAUACUUUUGAAACGAAGAACGGUGCAGUUUACAUAGUUACAACAAUCAUCGGACUAUUAGGUGGAUUGAUUACGGUGUUGAGACUAAUUGUACCACAGGUCGUGAAAUUCAGUGUUUUUUGUAUGGUAAAAUACCGAAGUAGAUGCUCUAGAGUAACACCGUGUCAGUAA